AUGAACCACACAUUUACCUUCGAGACAAACCUGAACGACAUAUUCGCUGGAGAUGACAUCGCCAGAUCAGACAACAGCUGCGACUACUGCGUGAAGCGGAAGCGCGUGUGCAGGUGCGACAGCAUCAGGAGGGAGCUGGGCAGCGAAGACGCAGCCGAGCUACCCGAGCUGCAGGAGCGGAAAAAGUACUACGACGAAAUCUGCGACAAAAUUGUAGACAAGUACAAAGAUGUGGUGAACCGAUUCGAAUACGACAAAGACAUAGUGUCUUACAUAAAGAGAAAUAAAAUUAACGAUGAAAUCGAAUGCGAAGAUUGGAUCUAUUUUUACGAGCUGCUCAAGGAGAGGAAGAUAGUAGAGAGCUGCAUCGAAACCAAGCCAAGCAGCGAACCGAUAACUCUAAACAGCUUUCAUUUUGAUGAAGAGGCCAAUUUUAUAAGCUCUCUAAACUACUACAUGAAGGUUCACAAGCUGCACCAUGUGAUUCACAAUUGGAUGGGCAUGAGUGUGAACCCAUUCGAUGAGUACGCGCCUGGGGGGGAGUGGCACGCCGGAAUUGGUGAUGGCGGCGAUGGCAGCCGUGUCAGUGGCUAUGGGAGUGUGUCUGAGGAUACCCCCUGGAACGAUACAAUGACGCCGCUAACAUUGGAGAAAGGGAAAAAAUUCCACCCACUGUAUUACUAUCUCUACAUGCAAGAAAAUGAAAGGUGGAUUUCAGGGCUGAACAACUCGGGCAGCAUUAUCCAUCCAGAAAACAUAAGUCAUGUGUGGAACCAAACGGUGAGGGAGAGCAACAAGAAGGUGAAGCUGUUCCAACUGAUAACGGCAAAUAGUGUAAGCACAGAUGACGUGAUGGACUACUGCAAAAGGGAGGAGACGAACCAACAGAUGCUAGAAAGAAACAACCACUCUGCAAGAAUUAGGAGCAUAAGUCAGCUAGUCUGUUCCUUGGGCAUGGUAGACAUUGGGGGCUGUUUCAUCAUGAAGAUGAAAUUAUCCUUCGACAAUUUUCUCCUGUCUAUUUUCUCCAUCCUAGCCAUAUGUUUCAAGAAGCUGGAGGUGUACAGACCGUCAUGCUGUCACCUACGCAAUGUGGUCUUCCUAGUAGGAGUCCACUUCAAUGGGAUCACAUCUAUUUUUUUGUCUAGCUUGAAUAAUUGGGUUCAGGGGGCACAGAGGGAAAUCGCUGCUAUGGUGGGCGAGGGCAAUCAGCUAGGCGCCGUAGGCACGGAAGGGCCGCAAACCACACAUGGGGCAACCAUUUCAGACGCCCCUACCGGUGGAGUGAAAGAGGGAGGAAGCUUCAGCCGGAGAAGUAUCAUCCCGAGGAAGUGGAUCAAGAAAAGCUUUUUCAGAGAAUACCAAAAGUGCAUCCAUCAUUUUGUAGACUACCUAAUUUAUUAUCUCAAAAAAUGCAUAAAUGUAUCAAACACGAAUUUGAUGAAGAAGAACAUCGAGAAUACUAAGAGGAUGUACCUUUCGCAGUUCUUUGAGGAGCACCGACUUGUGGAUAUCAGGAAGAAGGACAAGCUGCUGUUUAGACUUCUGGACGAUUUGUACUUCGACCAGGGGAGAAUCAUCCCCCGGGUAUGCCACGCAGAGGAGGCAGAGGCGGGAGAGCAGUCGAACCGUGCAGAUCAGCUGCAUGAUAUGGAUGAUAUGGACAGGGGGGAUGUACAGCGUGAGGGGGACAAGACAAGCCGCUUCAGACAUCUCCCCUACUCAGGGGCGCCAUUUUCAAAGAAGGAGUUACAAAAACUGAGGAGAAGCUUACGACUCCCCCCACAGGCAGGAAGAAAAAGCGGCAUCUUCUUCGAACGUACGGGGGAAUCGAACGAGAUACGUAGCCAAUUAACCAAUGACCUCUUCCCCAACCAUGUAGAGAACAUACACAAGUAUCGCAAACAGAUCACAGCGCUUCUGAGAAGAAUAGACUUUAAGGGUGAUAAAACCUUAUCGCGGAAGCGGAGAGGUAACAGAAUCGACCGUGUUGAUGGUACAGCCCGUGCCCUCUUCCAGCUGGACGAAGACCUAAUCCGAAAGCGAGUCUUCUCAGUGGAUAAAACUCUCCUGGAAAAGCAUGAAACGGAAUUCGAGGGGCUCCUAAAGAAGCAAGCCUACUUCACCAACAAAAACUGGUUCAGAUGUUACCUCCAGAAGGAAGCUUGCCAUUUUGACAAUCCCUUUUAUUUGGAGAAGGAACUCUACAAAGAUAUAUUACUCUUCAGGAAGCACAUCUACUACAACGGAUGCGACAGGGGCGUGAAUAGCUUAAAACAGAUUCUGAAGCGGUACGAACCUGUGUGCUCAUCGUACGUGAUGGACGGACAGGAGCUCUGCUGCAGCGUCAUUGACUGCCUCUUUGUGUUGAGGAAUUGCGCCCACGUCGAUCUGACGAAGGACUCGUCAUUACUCCGCAGCUUUCUAGUGAUCAGUGGGGAUGCCUCAACCGGCGUCUUCUCCUUUUUCUCUAAGUUCGGGACUGGUUGUCGCAUCCUGCUGCAGGGAUGGGUCAGUCAAUUCGCCGCUGGCGGAAGCGCAAGCGGCAGCGGAAGCCGAAGCGUAGAGCCCAGAGACGACGCCUCCCUCCUAAACGUGCAGCAGCUGUACCAAAGGAAAACCCCUUACAAACACUUCAGUGAGAUGUUGAAACACAAGCUCGGAAACAAAAACGUAUGCUCUUUCGUAUUCAUUGAUCUCAACACGCAGCUUUUUCAGAACUAUGUACAUGUGGUUGAGAAGGAAAUAAAAACGAAGAGCUAUUUUGUGUCCAGCUUGAUUAUAUGCUUCAAUUACCUGCAGAAGGGGGGCAGCCUGAUUGUCCAUUUGAGCACCGCCAUGACGUUUUUCACAGCUGGGUUGCUCUACGUCUUAGUCUGCGCCUUUGAUCGAGUGGACCUCUUUCUCCCUCCCUCCUGUGAUGACAUCGAUUUGGGGUUCUACAUCUAUUGUGACAACUUUGGUGGGAACUAUGUGUACCGCCACUACGUGCAAUUCCUGUGGGAGGCUCUCAUAUGUAAUCAGAACCUGGAAGAGAAGACCCCCGGUAAUCCCAUCAAUGUGUCCGUCACACCAGGGGAAGUUAGUACCAAGAGGAAGAAGGGAGAAGUGUACCUUUCCGUUCCCCUGUCCUUUCUCAUGAAUAAACACUUUGUCUGUCUGCUGAAGCGAUUUAACUUGUUUUACUUUUCCCACCACAUGAACGUGUGCAUGCACUUUUUAAGGGAGCCAAAAUAUAUCUAUCCUAAUCGGACAUUAAUAAAGUGUCUGGUGACUCAUUUUUUCCGAGCGUAUGUUUUGCCUCACGAGGUGGGAAGAUCAUUUGGCCGCGUCUUCAAAUCGGUGAGCAUUCACUUUGAUGAGGAUGGCAAUGACCUACUGGACAGUGGCGAUGAUGGGAGCGACACGUUCGGAAGUGACGAGCUACUGCCGACGGGGGAUGAUGAUGUCGGGAGUGACUCUUCUAGUGUGGAUCUCUCCAACCGUGGUGAGGAAGUCCAAGGGGGGAGGAACAACAAGAACAAGAGGAAGCAGAAAAUCAGGAGUGGAAGCAGGAGUCGCAGCAGUGGCAGCCUUCGAAGCAGUUGUAGUCGAGACGCUAGUGCUGAUGAGCGGGUGGCGAACGAGGAAAGCGAAUUGGACCGCUCCUCCAGUGAAUCCAAUUACUCCCUGGCCUUUGAGUACAGGAAUGUUCCCAGCGAAAUAUCUGUGUCCGAGACAGCCUGGGGCGACAGUUCAUGGCCGAGCGGCGUGGCCCCCCCAUUCGACAAAUGGGAAAGUGUUGCGGAUAGCAGCAUCGCCCAAAUGGGAGAUGAUGUGCACAACAUGGUAGACCCCCCUUUACAGGCGGACGAGGAUUACCCAUCAUAUGUGCAACCGAAUGAGAAGAGCAGCUGCACGAGGUGGGCCCAAAGCUGGAAAAACGAAAGUGUAAAGAACAGCGAGGGAGAAGAAAGAAGAGGUUCGUAUGGCAUCCACCCAGUUAGCGAUAACCCCGCCUACACAGUUCCGUACAGAUAUAGAGUGAUCAUUCCGACGCGGCGCAAAAAGGUAAAAGUCAUUUCAGAUGUGAAUGAGAAGAAGAAGGGAGACCAAAGCAAAGCAGGAGGAUCCCCAAAUGAACCCAACGACCCAUCACAGAACAUAAAAGAGGAGUACAGCCGAGAUGUCAGCAGCCAGCUCACUUAUUCCGAUUUCGUAGGGUUCAGAAAUCCAACCCUAGACACAUUGGAAAACUACAGAUAUUGGCAAGAUAGUGGAUUCAAAAAAUUCCUCCAUCGAACCUUCCCAAUAAAAUUACCCGAACAUAAAACAUUGAACCCUUUGUUCAGGGAAUACAUUUACUUUCUUCAUUCUUUGGAUCCGUUUCGAUUUUCUGUGAAAAAGCUCAGUCAGAGGUACUUCCUCUCCCAAGGGUGUAUCCAAUCCAUUUAUAAGGAAGAAAGUGUGAAACGAUUCCUUCGAGAAAAUCAGCUAUGUGAUGAGAAGACAAAACGAAUUAGCAAAAAGGAAGCCGUCUUAAAAAUUAAAGAAUUGAUUUAUGCCAAAAAAUUAGGUUACAAAGAUAUUGGUGAUUUUGAGAAUGUCCAGAAUGAAGACGACCAAUUUCAGGGACACAAAAACACCUUCGAUGUCAUAAACAGGCAAGUCAUUCAGGUGGAGUCUAUCUCUGCCUUCCCAUUGCCGGACCGGCGCGACCCCGUACCCAAGCGUGUCGACGUCGAUAUCCCCGUGGCGAACUCUGCAAACGUCAAAAUUAUGAACUGGGUAAACCCUAACGAUAAGGUCGUUUUUUGA